AUAUAAGGUUAUCGGCAAAUGGAUAGAAAAAUACGGCGACAUUUUUGGUUUCUACAAUGGCGAUGUGCCAUUCGUCGUGACCCAGGACCUGGAGUUGAUCGAGGAAGUCUGCGUGCGCGGCUUCUCGAAUUUCACGGGCAGAGGGUUGACAAUGAUGAUCGAAGAAAUGCAUCCGGUUCUGGGCAAGUCCAUCUUACACGCCAAAGACUCAAAGUGGAGGAGCAUCCGAAACGCCGUGGCCGGCGGUUUCAGCGCAGCAAAGAUAAAGAUGAUGAUGCCGCUUAUGGAAGAAGACAUCGAUGUCCUACUAAAGUCUCUUGAGGAACCAGCCCGAUCGGGCGACGAGGUGAACAUGCUGCAGAGGUACGAGCAGCUGUCCAUGGACUUCGUGGCGCGGGCCGCGUUCGGCCUCGACGAGAGAUUCCAAGGAGCGCCUGACCACCCGAUUGCCACCGUCGCCAGGUCUGCCUGCUACAAGAUAAUGACUGGUCCUCUGCACAUGAUUGCACAGAGUACUACCUGCUUUGGACGCUUGGUGAAGCCUUUGUGCUGGAUUUCUCUCUUGAUUGAAGACUUCGACAAGGUGACUCGGCAAAUGGCUACGAUAAUUCAGAUAAGAAAAAAGGACCCCUCGUAUGGAAGACCUGAUAUUCUCCAGAAUCUGCUCGAUGCAGAGUACGUUGAGAGCGAAACGCUACCAAAUGGUGCCGAGGCAAUAAAUGGACGAGUGACAAGCAGAUCACUAAACGUCGCAGAAGUAAUUACCUGCGCGGCCACACUGUUCGUCGCAGGGUACGAAACAAUAGCGUCGUCGCUCUGUUACCUGACCUUUGUCCUCGCCAAAUACCCGGAUGUCCAAGAAAAGGUUCGACAAGAAGUCAUCGACACCGUCUCCGAGCAGGGCAAGCUAGACUUCGAUAUAGUAACGAAAAGGCUGAAUUACCUGGAACAAGUAAUCAAGGAGACAUUACGGCUUUACCCUCCGGGCCUCACGUUUGUAACGAGACAAGCCAAGCAGGAUUUCACGUACAAGGGCACGCAGUUCAAGGCCGGAACCUGCUUCAUGGCACCGCUAUACCAGAUCCAGAGGGACCCGCGCUUCUGGCUCGACCCCUUGCAGUUCAACCCUGACAGGUUUGCCCCCGAGAACGAAGAUCAGCUGAUCAAGAUGGCGCUCAUGAGUUUCGGCGUGGGGCCACGAAACUGCGUCGGCAAAAGCAUGGCCAUGCUAAAGCUCAAGCUGGCGAUGGCGAAGCUGCUGCUCAAGUACCGCCUAGAGCUCGGUCCCUCGCAAAUGGGUGAAAUGAAGUUAAAUUCACGGGCGAUGGUGUCAACUCCUGCGAAAGGCCCGUGGAUCAUUAUUCGACACCUUAAUAAGCACCUCUAGCAACAUUUGGGCUCCAAGGUUCUGCGACGAUUAUGUCAGCUACCCUUCGUGCACGCAUGUUAAGACCAGCACGCGGAGGUGAUCCCGCACUAGCGCUGUUUCACACUGCUGGUGUGGCCGCUUUACUACUGCAUUGUAUACUAGAGCAAGCUUCCUUAUCGCUGAGAGUGGCUACAUGGGCUAGCUGAUAUAGGUCAUCUUGUAAAAUCAUCAGCUGUUGGAAGAUAUGUGUUGUCUCAA